AUGUCGUGCCAGCUCUGGGGGUGGACUCUGCCCUGGGCAGCGCUCCUGCUUCUCCUGGGUCCCCACGCCCUGUCUUACAAUUGGCACCUGCAUGAUGGAAGUGACUGUGAUGAGGGCUAUGUUAUAAAAUAUUACUUCCCCGCCACCGUGGAGUACGCCUUGCAUGUGUUCAAUGAGAAGAGCAGAGACGUGAACGCCUACAGGCUGGUGCAUGUUCUCAAUUCCUGGCGGGAACAGAUUGGCUAUGUGUUGGCUUUCUCCAUGGAGCUGCUGCUUCGCAGAACCACGUGUGGAAAGUUGGAAGAGGACAUUGACAACUGCCCCUUUCAAGAAACUGCAGACCUGAACAAUACCUUCACCUGCUUCUUCACUGUCAGCACCGAGCCCUGGGAAGGGACCUUUGAACUGCUGCACAAGAAGUGCUUGGUGGGGUUCCACUGA